AUGUCAAAUGAUGUGGAUAAGAAAUGGAUGAAGUGUCCUCGUAAGUCGAUAGAUUACAGACAAGGUGUGAAGUCAUUCAUAGAGUUUGCCAGGAUUAAUGGUGGUGGGUGUACUUUGUUUUCAUGCCCUUGUCGUCGUUGUAUGAAUGCUAAAGGUUUAAUUACCCUGAGUGAGAUAUCAUUUCAUUUGCUGAAAUAUGGUAUGCAAGAGAUGUACACAACAUGGCGCUUUCAUGGGGAAAGUUUAGAAACAGCACGUAACACUACAACUGAAUAUGUAGCCGAUAAUAAUGUCACAGAAGUUUUGAAUGAGAGUAUUACAGCAGAUGUGGAUGAAAAUUUUAGGGCAGGGAUGGAUGAGAAUGGAGAAGCAGGUGUUGAUGAGAAUGCAGAAGCAGGUGUUGAUGUGAAUGUUGGAACCAGCAGAUGUUAUCAGAAAAAGAAGUCAGCGGCUGAGCAGGCAAGAGAACCAUUAUAUCCUUCAUGUCCUAAAGGAAAGUCAACAAUGUACGCUGCGAUUAUGGUGAACAAUAUAAAGACUCAGUUUGGAAUUUCAGACAACGGUGUUACAACAAUGUUAGAUUUGAUGAAAGAGUUGCUUCCGGAAGGUAACACCCUUCCAUUCAAGUUUCCAGAUAUCAAGAAGAUUAUUAAAGAGCUGGGGAUGGACUAUGUCACUGAUGAUGCUUGUAUAAAUGACUGUGUACUUUAUUGGAAGGAUAAUAGUUCAUUGGUGAAAUGUCUAGUAUGUCAAGAACCUCGGUAUGUAAGAGUUUUUAUUGAUGAGAGAAAACUUACACAAGUUGCGCAGAAGACUUUAAGGAAUUUUCCAGUAAUUGCAAGGCUGAAAAGACUUUACAGUAUAUCAUGGAUAGCAGAGGCGAUGCUUUGGCGUUCUAGAGCACAUAAAGAUGUCAGUAUAAUGCGUCAUCCGGUUGAUUCUACAGCUUGGCGGUGUGCGGAUAACUUUUGUCCUGAAUUUUCUAAGGAAGCACAGAAUGUUACUCUUGGGAUAACAACUGAUGGCUUCAACCAAAUGGAUGUUUUGGUCUCAAUUACAGUUGUUGGACGGUGA